GACGAGUCUGCCGCACUUCCGGCCAUAUCGCCGGAUAUCCGCUGAGUGACCCUUACAAGUCCUUCUUGAUUUUGAAGUGGAAAAGGUGCGGGUUUUGCUGCUGGUAUUGGAUCUAGAAUCGUAGCCGGACAUGGGGCUGGAGGACGAGCGAAAGAUGCUGACUGGGUCCGGAGAUCCCAAGGAGGAGGAAGAGGAGGAGGAGGAAUUAGUGGAUCCCCUAACAACAGUGAGAGAGCAAUGCGAGCAGUUGGAGAAAUGUGUAAAGGCUCGGGAGCGGCUAGAGCUCUGUGAUGAGCGUGUAUCCUCCAGGUCACACACAGAGGAGGACUGCACGGAGGAGCUCUUUGACUUCUUGCAUGCAAGGGACCACUGUGUGGCCCACAAACUCUUUAACAGCUUGAAAUAAAUGUGCAGAUUCUUUCACCCAUGGGCACCACCUGGGCAUCAGGAUAUUUCCUCAUGGUCUUGAACAUGCCAUUUGUUUCUCAUUUGUGUAACUGUAAGUUCAUGUGAACUUCAUGGAUUUGGUUAGGCAAUAUCUUCUGUGUAAUUAGCAGUGGUUCUAUCUAAUAAAGUCCAGUAAUCUACAGACAUUUAUUUAGAAUUUUUUUAAUUGGAAAAUUUCAAACAUAAAGAUAGAAUAAUAAACAAUCCUCUGUGCCCAUCAAA